AUAAAAUACCUCCACCCUCCUUCGGGGAACCUUCCGAGGCAGUCGUUUGGAAGGACAAAGAAGAAGCCAAGACACCUAGGCUGAUGUACUACUGCACAACCAAAAUCUCACCCUCUUUCUGCAAGGGGUCGAUGGGAUCCCUCCUAAUCGUCAUCCCUUCCUUCUCUAGCUAAAACUGAAGCCAUCUCCCUUCCACCCCUUGUAUUCAUUCUUUAGAUUGCACAGGAUAAGAGAAGAACAGAAGGAAAGCAUACAUAACGUGCUGCUGGUUUUUCAGUUUGGGUAUCUUAAGGGAAUCUUAGGGACUUGAAGAUGGCGUUCGCCCAUGGAAGAGAUAUGUUUGACUUUACGGAGCAAGAAGAGGCCUGGAAGCAUGCUCCUUUUUUGCUUUCCUCCUCUUCCACCUCGUCCCCGUCGUCGUCCUCUGCUCCUUUCAGGUGGAACGACGGCUCGUCGAGCAGUAGCCGCCGUGGCGAUGAUUCCUUUAUCGAAAAGGAGCACAUGUUCGACAAGGUGGUAACGCCGAGCGACGUCGGCAAGCUCAACCGACUGGUGAUCCCGAAGCAGCACGCCGAGAAGUACUUCCCGCUGGAUGCGGAGGCCCACGGGAAAGGGCUGCUGCUCAGCUUCGAGGACCGCAACGGCGAGUCGUGGCGCUUCCGGUAUUCAUACUGGAGCAGCAGCCAGAGCUACGUGAUGACCAAGGGAUGGAGCCGCUUCGUCAAGGAGAAGCGGCUCGUCUCCGGGGACACCGUCUCCUUCGGUCGUGGCGUCGGCGAGUCCGGUCGCGACCUCCUUUACAUCGACUGGAAGCGGAGGCCUGAGAACCAUGGCGCAACCCGGGCGUCUCGGAUCUCUUUCCAUGGAGCAUCCUUUGCGCAAUCUGCAGGACCGUGGGGUGGUCACCUCUUCAUGCCUCGUCCUCCUCCUCCUCCUCCGGCGACGGUAUACGACCACCACCGCCUGGGGUAUGGAUACAAUGUUGUGAGUGCGAGUGCUCUUGGGGGGCAGUAUCUUUUCUACCAAUCUCCGGUGACGGGGCCAUCACCGGUCCAGUUGCAACCUGGUGGCGGUGGUGGCUCGCCCAUGGCUCAUGAUUCGGUGUCCGUCGUCCACAGCCAGGCUACGGCCAAGAACGUAAGGCUGUUUGGAGUAAACCUCGUCUGCACCGGAACGGAAAGCAAAGCCAAUGGCAGUAACCAAGGCGCAUCAUUUAGUUGUCUAAGGUCGCAAGAGGCAUCUACUCUCCCUCUCCUCCAAUUUCAGCAUAGCAGCGCCGAAUCCUCGCUGGUUUCGUCUUCGUCGACGAGCAAGGAGCAGCAUUCAUCGUUGGAUCUUGACCUAUGAAGAAGACGAAAGCAAAAAAGCGAGGACAUUGCCAUCUUCUUCCGGAUCAUUUGGGACGGACGCUGAACAAAACUGGCGAAAGCUUUGGAGGUUCUUUCUGUAAUUUUCUGCUUCUUUCAUUCGUCUUCAUAAUCUUCUCUUCAAGUUGUAAAUACAUGGAAAGAUAUGAAGGUUCGUAAUAUGAAUUCUAAUA